UUUUAUUUACCUUCUGCGACAUUGUUUAUAUCGAAAGCUAUGCUAAGCUAAGCUAAGCUAACCCAACAGGUUGCUAAUGAACACAUCCGCUGUUAUUCUCCUCUAAAUGGAAGCUCGUGAAGUCAUUAUGCAACACCUAACAACACCAGAUGUACGUUAAUCACUUAGUGGAGUUCAGGGAGUAAACAUGUCCAGUCCCAAUGCUAACAACACUCCUGUAAUGACAGUAGCAGCAGCUUCAUCUGGGACCCUGGAGAAAAUGGACCAGGUGAUGCAGCCGGUCCUGUUUGAGAUCUUUGGGGAGAUCUGGAAGGUGCAGGCUCGUUUAGGACAGGGAGGAUCAGCCUCUGUGUACAAAGUGAGUUCUGCCAGAUCCAGUUCUGCUGCUGUCAAAGAGUUCCUGCUGGAUGCACAAGGUGGAGAUUAUGGGUUUCUCAAAGAGAGAUCAGUGCUGGAGGACAUCCAGGGUCACAAAAAUAUAGUGACGCUGUAUGGCGUAUUUACCAAUCACAACCCGCUGGGCAUAGCAACACGCUGCCUGCUGCUGGAGCUUUUGGAUGUGAGUGUGUCGGAGUUGCUGGUGAGAGGAAGCAGCCAAGGCCACUCCAUGUGGCUGAUCCAGCACUGUGCCCGUGACAUCUUGGAGGCGCUGUGUUUCCUGCACCGAGAGGGAUACGUGCACGCUGAUCUCAAGCCUCGCAAUAUUCUUUGGAGCCCAGAUGACGAGUGUUUUAAGCUUAUUGAUUUUGGUCUUAGCUUUAAAGAUGGACACCAGGAUGUUAAGUACAUCCAGACAGAUGGCUACAGAGCCCCUGAGGCUGAAGUGCAAAACGCACUGGCUCAGGCCGGACAGGAGGGAGACUCCUGCUGCACCGCUGCUGUCGACAUGUGGAGUCUGGGGAUCAUUCUGCUGGAAAUGUUCUCAGGAAUCAAACUGAAAGAAACUGUCAAGUCUCAGGAAUGGAAGGACAACAGUGCUGCAAUAGUAGAUCAUAUCUUUUCAAGUAAUUCAGUGGUAUAUCCUGCUAUCCCAGUUUACCACCUGAGAGAUCUUAUCAAAAGCAUGCUUUACCACAACCCGAAUCGCAGAAGCACAGCUGAAGCAGCGCUGACCAGUCCCUUCUUCAGUAUUCCUUUUGCACCUCAUAUCGAAGACUUGGUUCUGUUACCUACACCCGUCCUUAGACUGCUCAACGUGAUUGAUGACAGUCAUUUACGCAACGAUGAUGAGUAUGAGGACAUAAUAGAAGACAUGAGAGAAGAAUGUCAGAAAUAUGGAUCAGUUUUAUCUCUGCUGAUUCCUAAAGAAAACCCUGGUAAAGGCCAGGUCUUCGUCGAGUAUGCAAACGCUGGAGACUCCAAAGAAGCUCAGAGGCUGCUGACAGGACGAACUUUCGAUGGCAAGUUUGUGGUGGCAACCUUCUACCCACUGAGUGCCUAUAAGAGAGGUUACCUGUAUCAAACCGUGCAGUAAAGGACUUCACGUCCUUAAACACACAUAGACAGAACAUCUGUUUCACUGGCUUAGCUUUAACUACGUGUUUAAGUGCUUAAACUGAACAAGAUAAAACUAAACAGAAGGCA